CGCCGGAAGCGAUAGCUCCUGAGCCGGUGCGGGCUGACAACGCCGGUCUGGGACCAGCGCCCGCGAAGUCAGACUGUCCCAGGGCAGUGUCGGUCGGCGGGGGCGACCGACCUCUGCUGGCCCAGUGACAAUGGCCGUGUUUCACGACGAGGUGGAGAUCGAGGACUUCCAAUAUGACGAAGAGUCGGAGGCCUAUUUCUACCCCUGCCCGUGUGGGGAUAACUUCUGCAUUACCAAGGAAGAUUUGGAGAAUGGGGAAGACGUGGCAACGUGUCCCAGCUGCUCUCUCAUUAUAAAAGUGAUUUAUGACAAGGAUCAGUUUAUGUGUGGAGAAACAGUGCCAGACCCUUCCACCCACAAAGAAUUAGUUAAAUGCUGAAGAGGACUGUAGGAAUCCACAUCCUGAACAUUUGGGAAUGAGCCAAGCUGGAAAAAUCAAAUGCAAAGUCACUGGCUUCCUUCACGGGGACAACCAUUCCGUAGUUGGCUCUGCCAUUAGCGUGUGGCUCCUUACCAUUGGCUGCUGAGUUCAUCUUCAAUUAAAGAAGCAAGUCCACGACGUGACAUGCCUGGAUUUUGUGCUUAGGACUUUGAAUUGGAAGUGCUCUUGAUUUUCCGUAUGAAUUUAAAGGAAGCUCAUUUCAAAUCAAUUCUUUCUUUCUCUCAGUAUUAUUAUUUUUAUGUCUUAUACCUGAUUUCUUCCUUAACUGAUAACAGCAUCAUCUACCUCAAAGUCAUCAGGAUUCCUUAAUGAAGAGGGGGAUUAUGUUUUUGGCUUACUUAUUAAGAUUAUUAAAAUUAGCCUUUUCUUUGAAAUUGGAUGUCAACUUUGCCAUUCUAAACUUAAACAUAUUCGUUGCUUUGUCUCCACUGUGCUUUCAGUUCCCACGCCAAACCAGUCUGCUCAGUCUUGCAUUCAUUAGAGCUCGGUUCCUGUUCUGUGUAGCAUACCGUUUCCAUUAGACUUCCUACACUGCAUUCUGGUCAUGGUAUAUUACAGAGAAAAUAUACUGAGCUCACAAUCUUUCCAGAGCUAAAAGUUAGUAAGAAAGAAAAAUCAAAAAGUGAAAUGGUCAGAGAAUGGUUAGAGUCUAUAAAGGUUUCAAUUACCAUUUCAGCUCCUACCAUAUUCUGCAUGUUCCUUGAAAAUUGGGACAAGAUGAAAAGCAGCCAAAGGAAGUGACGUUGGAAGCAGAACAAGAGGAGAAAAACUUGCCAACUUAGUAAAUUGAAUGUUCAGCGCAGAUCGUAUUUGUGGAUGUGGGUCAUGUCUGUCCGGUUGUCUUUAGAUGAGGCUAAUGAAAGUGCAUUCGAGGGAGAGGGCUCCAUGUCGAGGCCUCAUGGCUGGCAGCAGCACCUUCAGCAGUACCUCAGAAUCGAGUCACCAGCCCGGAAAGGUAGAGCUGCCACAACUCUUGCUGAGGAUGACUUGAAGAUGAGAUGCCUGUUCUAAAUAAAUGUGUCCCUGGGGACACAUCUAACCAGUGUUUGUAAGCUGUAACUGAGCCAGACGUGCACUCUUACAGAGAGAUGUUGCCCUGGAGAUAAAGAAAUGUAUAAAGGUAGGCCAUGAGUCUUUCUUUGCUGUAGGACAGUAGCAAGAAAUUAGAAUCACUUACAUGAAAAUUCAAAAAUUUCUUUCACAUACACAAUUUUGCUGUGUGUUUCUAAAAUUAAAAAAAAGUCACUGAUGCCUGCCUGGUAGGUUGUUUUGGGAAUGGUUCCUGCAAUUAGAAAAAAUAGCUUGCCAGAACGUGACCGUUCUGACCAUUCUAUUACUAGUUAAUAAAUGUGCUGAAUGCACACUGGGGGUUUAAAUUAAAACAACUGAGUGGUCUUUUUUUUUUUUUUUUAAACCUACCAGCAACAUGGCUAUGGGCAGCCAUUAGUCUAAGACCUAAUAAAUCACCAAAAAUUGUAUGCGAGAAGUACAGGGUACGUUAUGUGGUAUUAUAUGGCAUAUUCUUCAUGGGAUGAGAAGUCUCACGGCUAUUUAGGGACCCUGAUGCCCCAGAAGAAUCCACCAGUGAAUUGGAGCCAGUGGCAGCUCAGAUGAAGAGAGCAUGGUAUAUGUUAACUAAUGGGAAUGAUCCGCAAAGAGCAAAGAAUUGUUCCAUGCUCAAUUUUGAUGGUUUUGUAGAUACCGAUAUCAGCUCCUUCAGCUGAUGAUGAAUUUAAAAGGAAUGGGCACCCUUGAUGUAGAUCUACUAACAUAGAAGGAAUAAAAGUUGCCCCAAUCCAAACAUCCCAGGGGAAGUGAAUCAAACUGCACUGGUGAUCAGUGAUCAGUGAUAAUCUGCAGUGACGGGAGCGAUUUCAUUUCCAAAGCAACUGUGUUACUAAAUUUGCUAACUACAAAAGAACAGGGUUUAAUCCUAUGUUAAGCUGAAAGUAAAACCAGGGUCUUUCAGAUAUGACUAGAGUUCUGGGUGCUAUUUUGUGCCUUGUGUACCUUACCAGACAUUUCAGACCACCUCUGAGAACUGAUCUGUGAUCCAGGCUCUGUCUCUUAACUAGCCUUGUAGUCUUUGGCAAGGCCAGGGCAUUUGUCACCUCUACAAUUAGACUAGAUCAGGUGAUUUUUAAACUGUCGGUAUUAUCAUUUCAGGCUUUAUAACUUGCAGGAGAUGAAAUGGUAAUUGAACCUUUAUAGACUCAAAACUAAAUCAUAAACUAUUAGAGAAAGACGAUGCUCCUUUAGUAACUUGAUGGUACCACACUUCUGAGUUUGAAAAUAAAGUCAGCUAUUGAGGGGAUUCUGCAUAUAUCUUAGUGUACACGGUCACAAGCAGUUUUCCUGAGAAGCACCCAACACUUUUGAUUGCUGUACAUACUAAUUUAUUACCAGAAUAAAUUAUUGACAUACUAAAUAAAGUCAUAAUUCAAGUCAA